AUGCCUCUGUACGCAGCUAUAAGACCAACGUUUAAUACACAGGAUGAGUCGGCAGACAUGUUUGCCAACUCGGGAUUCAAUGCUGAGUCCAUGAUCAAAGGAACUGGAUCGGGCACCAUUAAAAACGCUACAACGCUCGGUCGGUUUGAAAAGAUCUUUGUCUUUAUGGUUGACCCCACCUCCUCGCGCGGCGCGUCACUCUAUAGCUUUCUCAUUGCGUGUGCCGCUUUCACGAGCUGCUUUGUUUUGUUCCUGCAGACACUGGACGGUCCAAAUCACAAAAGCACCGAGCCAGAAUACCCCAAACUUCCGAAUGAAAUUGGUUACUAUGACGCUGAUUUGGUUUUCACCCUCAUUUUCACCCCAGAGCUGCUCAUUCGUCUCAUCAUCUGGCCUUCCUUAUGGCGCGAACAUAAAUAUCUUACCGAACGACGUUUAAAGCCAUUUUUACGCGAUUUUUUCAACUGGUUUGAUGUUGCAGCUAUUCUCCCCUUCUACAUUGAUCUCGUCUUUGGCAAAGAAAAAAGUUUUGUCAUUAUGCGGCUCUGUCGACUUCUGCGUAUUUUUAAACUAGCUCGCAAUCAUUCGGGAACGUACAUAUUGCUUCGAGCAAUUCGUGCGAGUGUCGCUCCGAUUUCGGUGGCUCUAAUCUUCUUUACAGAAAUUGUCCUCUUUUUCUCAGUUGUCAUGUACAUGGUGGAUCCAAGUUAUGAUCGUAGUAUACCUGGCUUUUCUGAUCUCCUCACUACAGGCUACUUUGUCGUGGUAACUGUGGCAACUAUUGGGUAUGGAGACAUCACACCCACAAAAGGCAAUGUGGCUAGCCGUUGUUUUGCUGUUAUGAUCAUUAUGUCGGGAACGCUCUUCUUAUCCAUGCCUCUCGCUAUCAUUGGUACUGAGUUUGAUCGAGCGUGGAAGCAACAUGCAGAAAGUGUCAAAAAGUUUCAGCAACUUCAGGCUGGUGCUCACGUAGCGACCCCGGUAAAUAUUAAUCUAGCAGCCGCCACGGAUGACAAUCGUGCUCAUCAAAAGCAUGAAAUUUUGGUCAAGUACAAUGCUCCGAAUAAAUUGUACCUGCGACUUGCUGCAAUUGUAGGCGAAGCUUCAUUGAUCACUCAAGCACUUGUGACCGAAGCUACGUCACCUGAGUUUAACUGGCGCCAUCUUCGUGAUAUUAUGGAGGAUUUGAAACAAACGACCGAAUUGUGCAUUCUCAAGUGUGAAGAACUGAGUGUAAUGGUCCGUGAUAUGAUUGUAGCAGAGUCUCAAGAUGUUGUUGCGCCGCCAACGUGGCAGGAAUGGGCACGCAUAACAAUACUAGAACCAGAUUCGUCGUUUUUAGCCAGAUCGAUCUCGCGAUGGGUAAAGUUUUGUCUUAUCUUUAGCAUGAUCAUUGUGGUAUUUCAAACCAUGCCAGACUUGCAAACGUAUGGUGAACAGACUUUCUUAUGUGAGCGCAAGGUGAAGCAAUAUUGCGAGAAUGUGCAAGAUCUCGAAAUUGGUGGCAAUGAUCCUGGAUGUUUUAGUGUCGACAACCCAAAAGUUCGUCUUCAAUUUGGCUGCUCUGAUACUGAAAAAGUUGUCGACUCAAGCUGUUACGGUUAUCCAGGCAAUUUUGGUAGUAGUACAGUCGAUGACCGACUCUCUUGUAAUGGAUCCGAUAAAGUGCUGCUGAAUAAAUUGGCUUUGAACGGCUCACAUCGAACUCAACUUGAGUUUAUUCUUCCAUUUCGACCUGACAAAAACCUUCAGAAACUCGAUCGUCGGUUGAGUGUAUGUAAAAAGUGGGAAUGCGACAAUAGACACGUGACUUUUUUCGAGUUUGGUAAUGCUUAUGUUGCGAUGGAGUAUAUUUUCACACUUACGUACCUUUUUGAGUUUGCAGCCGCGUUAUUUGUGUGCGAAGAAUAUCGAACAUACUUUAAAAAUCCUCUUGUCUUUAUUGAGAUGGUAUCUUUUGCACCGUUUUUCGUACUGGAAGGACGUCGGUUUGUUUAUGGUGUGACGCCCAUUUACGUCAUUCCACCCGCUUCGCAAGACUUUCUCACAUUCUUACGUCUGCUUCGCUUGUCUCGUAUUUUUAAAAUUCAGCAAAGCAUUCCAGUCACAAAAGUCUUGUGGGAAUCGAUUUCCAAGACUUCGGCACGUCUGACAAUUCCAUACUUUAUGCUGAUGGUUGUCACAACAAUUUUAUCGUUUAUCAUGUUUGAGCUGGAAAAAGGUCAAGAAUGUUUUUACGGUCAGGAGUGUAUUGUUGGUGAGCACAAUAUGACUUUCCCUGCUGAGCUUGAGGGUUCAGUACUUGGAAAACGAUUUCUUGUCACUUUUAAAGGUGAACUAUCAAACUUCGAUGACUUUUUUUCAGCCUUUUGGUUUGUAAUUGUAACUUUGGCGACCGUCGGCUACGGCGACAUGGAACCUGUCACGAGCUCGGGGAAGCUCGUUGCUGUUGUUGCGAUGAUUUUUGGAGCUUGUUACACUGCUAUGCCUUUGACAUUGGUUGGAUCUCAGUUUAAUAAGAGUUAUCUAGAGUAUAAACGACGUGAAGCCCUUUUAAAGACAAAACAGGAGGUUGGUAAGCCGUACGUCGUUAAAGCGAGUGAACUUCAGCGGUGGGAAGACUUUGCACGCAAUCAAUCGUUUCCUCAAAUGUUACAAGUACUACGCGAUCAGCUUGCACCGUUACUAACUUCUAUUGAAAAGAGUGAGGUUGAUAUUAUUGAUGAUGCAAACAAAGCCGAAAUCAUCACGUGCGCGAACGAAUUGAAGCGCAUUAUAUACAUCGAGCGACUUCAAGUGAUGCAAAUUAGCAUUAUUGUAAAUUAUUUACGGAAAGAAGGCAUUCGUCUAGCCGAACAACAAGUCUUGGCAUUGCAAAAUGUCGUGUCGUAA